ACAACCCUUUGUUUUUUUCUCUAGAGAGUUGAGAGUCCCAAUAUUCUGUCUUACUCCAACUAGCUCAGAACUAUAAAUAUAUAUAUAGCACUCAACCCAAGUUCUAGGUAGCCAAAGUAAAAAACCACAAGAAGUUGAAGAUGUGGCGUCUUCUAACAGCAGUGACAAGAAACCUUAACAACACAAGAAAGAGUUCCAAGGUGGCAGAUGAGAGCAUGUUUGAGCAAGGAAACGGUGUUGAGCUAUUUGGACAUGAUAGGGAAAGAAGAAGACAACAUGGUUGGGGGCUUGUGUGUAGUAUUCUUCAAGCCCCUAUUUCAAUACUCUCAUGUGUUUCUCACCCUCAGGUUAAUGGCUCUGAUAUUUGGGUAACUGGGGAAUUCUCACAGGUUUCUGAAAUGAACCAUCUCAUGGUAAGUGACAGCAUGAGAUAUGCAAUUUUGAUGUAGGAAAUGUGAAUAACAAUUGUUGCUUCUUGGUUUCUAAGGACAACAUCAUAUAGCUCCCUCUCUUGUCCUCAUUUUUUUUCUUCUCGAUCUUUUCUGUUUAAAGUUUGGAUCAUAUGUAAUACACUAGGUGAUUGAAUGGAUCAGCCAAAGUUAUUACCUA